CUCAAAUCCUGCCCCAUGCCACUACUACUACUACCCAGAACAUUCCUCUUCCUGUACCCAAAACUCAAAAUCCCCAAAAGACCCAUGGCCACAAUGGGCACCACCACCGCCCAACCACCCAGGGCGCGCCUCAGAGGCGUCGUCUUCGACAUGGACGGAACCCUAACGGUCCCCGUCAUCGAUUUCGCCGCAAUGUACAGAGCCGUGCUCGGCGAAGACGAGUACGUCAGAAUCAAGGCUGAGAACCCUGCCGGGAUCGAUAUAUUGCACCACAUUGAGAAUUGGAGCCCCGAGAAGCAGCGGAAGGCGUAUGAUAUUAUCGCCGAUUUUGAGCGCCAGGGGAGCGAUCGCCUUCAGAUCAUGCCUGGUGCAGCAGAACUUUGUGGUUUUCUAGAUUCUAAGAAUAUAAGGAGGGGAUUAAUCACACGUAAUGUCAAGGCUGCAGUAGAUUUGUUUCGUGAUCGGUUCAGUUUGUCAUUUUCUCCAGCGUUGAGCAGGGAAUUUCGACCUUACAAACCGGAUCCAUCUCCACUACUGCAUAUAUGUUCAGCUUGGGAAGUUAAACCAAGUGAAGUAAUGAUGGUUGGAGACUCCCUCAAAGAUGAUGUGGCUUGUGGGAAGCGAGCAGGAGCUGUUGCGUGCUUGCUCGAUGAAAAUGGAAGGUAUGACUCUCCAGAAUAUGCCAAUGUCGAAUUCAAACCAGAUUUCAAGGUGACUUCCCUAAGGGAAGUUCACACGCUAUUGGAAGCACAUUUUGACCUGUUACCCUGAUCCUCAAACCGAUUGUGGACAAUCUUCACAUUUCACGGUAUUUGUUGGUGUGCUUGUUUAAUAAUUUGUUCUUUGCUUCUGGAGAGGAAUACACGCAGAGAAACUGCAACCGAAAGAUGAAGAGGAACGAAUUUGUAGAAAACCGUUGUUUGGCGGGAGAGAAGACUCAUUAGUCAACUUGUAUCAGACUUAAAAUCUAACCGUUUUUAGGGAUUAAAAUCUAGUUUUCUAUAUUAUAAUUGUACUCUACUUACUGGCCUGGUAAAAGCUCAUUACAAGCAUCAGACUUGGAAAAUACUUUGGGUGAGAUUGAUCAAAUGCCCACUGUAUGUAGGCGUUAGUGCAAUGGAUUUUAAAGCCAAUUCGUCUGAAAAUAUUAUCCGGUCGAGGUUCCACAAG